CGGAAAAUAAACCAAUCACACCCACUUCCCUCUCUCUCUUACACACACACACACACACACACACACACACACACACUAACAGACGUAGACUGGAUGCUUUGGCAGCGGGGACACGGCAGUUCUUUAUUCUGAGAACUCGGAGGCGUGAACACACAAUGGAAUCGGUUUUGCCGGCCUGUUGGCUGCUGCUUUGGACGCUGACAGCGCCAGUCAGUUGCGAUGACGGCAUUGAAGUGACUGAGACCGCCGACGGGAUUAAGCUGAGUUGUGGCCAAAAAUAUCAGGUCGAAGCAGCCGGUGGUAAAAAUAUUGACUUUCUGGAUUACAAAGACGAGAACACGGGGGAGUACAGGUGUGUGCGUACUAACGGUACUGAAGGACCAAAAAUAUAUGUCAAGUUUCGAACCUGCGACAACUGCAUCGAGCUCGACCUGACGUCCAUAACCGGGAUGGUUGUGGGAGACGUGGUGGCUACGCUUGUGAUCGGAGUGGCUGUCUAUCUCAUUGCGUCACAGACUCGGAUCGCUCCAGUUACCGCUCGCAAGAAAAGCUCUGACAGACAGCAUCUUGUUCGGAAUGAAAUGAGCGGCGACCCCAACGAUCACUACCAGACCCUGGUAGGUCGUCAGAAGGACACGUAUGAUGUGCUGAACAGAAAAUAGAGCUGAAAACACACAUUAAUCUCUGCAUCUGAAACACCUGCAGGAGGGAAACGUCUUCUGUCUGUGACGCUCGUCCCUAAUGUCGUCUGCUCUGUGUGAAACCAUUUGAUCUUUUCCUUUCACUCUGCCUGUAAGAUAUUGUGCUAUCACACAGUGAGUGACUUGUUAACCUGUUGCUGUAUAUGUCAUACUAUCAUAUUUUGGUAGCAUUUUAAUUGGCCAACGUGGUAUUUUCAUUCGUAUUGUUUUUCCUCUUCUUAUCCUGCUAGAAGGGGGGCUACAACAGCCUCCACGUGCCAUGACUUGAAAAUGAAGGGUUUAUUUGAACGAAACUAAAUUUGUCUUGAUGGAAAAAUAAAAAAUUAUAAUUGAGGAACAAAAUAAUGUGCAGUUUUUCUCAUGUUGGCAGCUGUUUGUCCAGUGUUGGGAAGUAAUAAAGUACAUUUACUCAA